UGAGCAGAGCAGAGCAGCAGAGCAGAGAAAGGGAGCGAUGUUAGCAAUAGGGAGCGCGAUUCGAAGGAUCCACACAACUGUAGAUGCUCCGCGCCUCACCAGAUUCGCUCUUCAUCCCCCUAAAUCUGUAGAGGUGGGAUUUGCUGAUGGUAGCAUCUUUAAUUUGUCAGCUGAAUUUCUAAGAGUACACAGCCCAGCUGUUGACAGCAAGAUCAGGUCUAUUGGUGGUGAAAAGGUGAUUUCUGGAAGGCGUCAUGUGGGAAUCAUGUCUGCAGAGCCUGUAGGAAACUACGGGGUAAGGAUUGUUUUUGAUGACUUGCAUAAAACUGGGAUAUAUUCGUGGGAUUAUUUUUAUGAGCUUGGUAGCAACAAAUUUACCCUCAUGAGAAAUUAUAUCAAAACAUUAAAGAAGCAUGGACUCACCCGGGAUCCACGUAGAAGAAAAUAGCAGACUUAUGUCAUAUCAUCCUAGCUUGUUCUUCAAUUGACUCAUAUCAGCUUAUCUAGCAAGGUAUCCACCAUAUCCACCACGCUGACAAUUGUUAUGUAACUAGACAUCUGUAUGUAUAUAAAAAUUUACUGUGGUUGUUUUUUGAUUUAUUGAUACAGAUUGAUUGCUGGAGACCUUAAAAGAGAAUUAAUCAUUCUUGUUGACAAUAUAGGCUAUCAUCAUGCACCUGUAGUGUAAAUCAGUUGGCCUUCUAAACCUUAACUGAUUUGUUGAGCUGUUUAUAUGUACUUCCAGGUUAUUUUACUUACCUGAUAAUUUCUUCAUAAUAUCUUGGAUCGAAAUAAAUGAAAAGUGAUUUAGAAAAAUGGUUCAGCCGAUUUAUAUACUAGUUUUGUACUAAUCUCUUGGUUACCUAUAUGACAGGAUUAUACAUAAAUGGAAUGUAACCUAACCAUUGUAUCACUUUUAAUUUACAUUGUCUUGUUAGGGCAACUGAAUUAUUUAUUGGUUCCAUCAAUUUCUUAAUGAAUAAAUCUAGGGACAUACUCAAUUUUGCA